UUAUUUUCGGUUUGUUUACAUCUCAUUGAGUUUUAUUCGUGCUUAUUUUUUACAAAAAUGUCGCAGGCUGAUUUUAAACAGACUUUACGAAAGUUGGAUUUUCCUGCUUGUGCAAAGGAGGCACUUCCACGAAUAGAGAGUAUAGUUGUAAGUCGCAGCAAACARAACUUUGCAAUUCAACUAAUCUCCGAAUUUGUGUUUAUGGAACGUCCUAAAGAUCCUGUUGAUAUUCGUAAGGGACAAACUUUUACCGGCACACAAUUGAAUUCGUUUCAAGAGUUCCAAUUGAUAAUAGUUCUUAUUGAAUAUUUCUCUCAACCUGGACCGGACGCUACACGCAAUGUGGUAUUUCUAUCUCUCUUUGGUAGCAAUCUUACAYCGCAACGUUCCAAAAUAAUGUGCCGCUUAGUGAGCACUGCUGUAUCGGGCUCUGUAGCACCACUGCUAUCAUCUGCUGGUACUUGGAUGCAACAAGUGGGUUGCAUGAAUCCACCAAGCCUGGAAGUGGCACAGAGUUUGGUUAGUGAUUUUAUAACAUUUUCACGAAAAACUUCGGAGCAAUUCAAACAAUUACCAAUGGUCGCACCACAUUUUGCAGCUAAUCUUAUGACGACUGUGGCAGAUUUAUAUAUGAAAGAGCAGAAUGGCGUACUAACACCACCACCGGAUGCUUUACUAGAUGUUUUCACCGAAUGGAUAAGUGAAAAUCAUGAUUUAUGCUUAGCAUCCCAACAGCCUUUAGCGUUACCGAGUGGUGCCAUAGCAAUGCCUGUUGUCACACCUUUAGCAGGUCUUAUACGCUGGGCAGUCUUGUCACCUAUGUUCUCUAAUCGUCCUUCAUAUAGUAAUUUACACUUGUGGCUUUUACAAACUAUGCUACAAAUAGACAACUCUGGUCCGCCAACAGCGUUAAACGCGCAACAUGUGGCACAAAAUGUGGGUCCGCUGCAAACGUAUGUAGCACGCUUGGUUGCUGAUAAGAUCGAACCCACCAAAGAUGCGGCAUAUCAGAAGAGCGUAGAGCGAUUAGCACAAGCAGUACAGUUAGCAAUAUCUGUAAAGUGCAUGUAUGGAAAUAUAACACAGUUAUUGUGUCUCUUGGAAACACUUCCGCCACAUCCACUUAUGACAAUGGUUAUAAAAGCAAACAGGAAAAAUUGAAUUAAGUUUAUGCUAUACUAAUGUAAAUUAUAUUUUGACAAAUAAAAAAUGUACACAUAAGGUA